GGCCAGCCUGAGGCCUGAAAUCAAAAUGGCGAGCGCUGUAGACGAUAACAGGAAGAAGACGAUGGGCGGCAGCAUUUCCCAGUUUUAGUUGUUACCAACAUCGAGAAGAAGGAAAACCGCAAGUAUUUUAAGAUGGAGGAAACAGCUGCUUUAUAAUUUUGUACCACACAUAUCUAGCAGGGGUCGGGGGGAAAAACAUCAGUUAUAGCUGCAUUUGCAUAGACUAAUUUGCAAACAGUUGUGAUGCAAAAUCCAAAUCUUUGUUAAACUGUGUUUUUAAGCCGCUGCUUCCAAUGCUAGCCUGAUCUGGCUACAUUUGCAGCCCUCGCGUUAGCUGUAAUUGCAGCGGAGUAUUUUUGUCUUGUUAAAUCCGGAUUCGGAAAAUCAACACAACAACAGAAAAUAUGUCCGAGUCCACAUGUGAGCCCAUUCACUCCACUAGUGAAACUCCCAGUGAAAUGGCACAAUGGGAAAACGGCUCAGAUUCUCUUAAUCUAAUUAAAGAAGCGGUGGUGGUUUUGACCAGACUCCCUGAUUAUAAGAUCAGUGCUCUGCGACCACCAACGCCUCCGCAGUUCUACAGUGAAGAUGAAUUCUCCAGCAGCUCAGAUUCUGAUAUGCAGUGGGAACCAGACGAUGAUUCCAGUGAUUCUGAAUUUUCAGUCUCAAACAAUAAUCAGAAAACUGCCAACGGUGACGCAAGAAAACCUUCAUUACCAACCAGCAGUAACGAAAACUCUUCUGUUAGGAUAUCACCAGCAUCUGCCCAUUGCUCACAUGAAACCAUGAACAUCCGUCCUAACUUGCCGCAGGAAGAAGUCAAAGUGGACAUGAUAGUCUUGGCCAGGAAGAAACCCAUGAAAUGGCAGCGUGGGAAAGUAGUGGAGAUAAUUACAAAAGAUGAUGGACGGUUAAAGUACAAAGUCAGUUUUGAAGAAAAGGGGAAGAUUCUAGUAUCCGGACACCACAUUGCCUUUGACACCACACCAAAGGUGGAGAACCUUUAUGUCGGUGCCCGCGUGGUUGUUCAGUGCCAGGAAAACAAGUUCCGGUUCCGGCCUGGUGUUUUAGGCGAACUCCCCAGCAGAAAGAACCAUUUCAGGUUCUUGGUCUUUACGGAUGAUCACACACCGGUCUAUGUCGGUUUACCUUUUUUUCACUUGGUGUGCAGACCAUUAGAAAACCUGUUGGACGACAUUCCUGACGGCCCUCACAAGUGUUUCCUAAAACACUACAUGAGGGACUGGCCGUAUCCUCACUUAGCCAAAUACAGGGUUGGACAGAACGUCAGUGCAGAAUACAAUGGAGAGCAGCAGAGGUGUGAGGUGCAGGCUCUCGACUGUAGCUUGAUGCAGGUUGUUUUUCCGGGUGAUCAUCACAGAGAAUGGCUCUACAGAGGCUCCAUACGACUGCAACACGCACAGGCUAGGUUUUUGGAACAGAGUGCUGAGACUAUGAAUGAGUCUGACUCUGACUAAUUAUCCAGAGACGGAAUCCUGUGAAAAUAUUGUGACCAACAUCCACCACCAUGAAGGGAUGUGCCAUUGGAUCUCUCUCUGAAAAACACAGACUUAUGAGUCUUCGAAUCAAUGACUCAAGCAUGUCUGUUUAACCUGAUUGAACCUGGUGCUCAUUUUUUAAUCUUUAAUUUACUGCACACUCAUGCAGAGUGACUGGGUGGACUAUGGCUUUGCCAAAUAAAGCUAGACAUCAUUUUGCAUAAAAACCAUGCAAACAGUGAUUUUUUUUUUUUUCUUUUUCCCAAUUUGUCC